CAGUAGCAACUACUUUGAUACACAUUCGAUUCUAGUCUUGCUUUGUUCUCGUUCUCGGCCACACUCUUUUCACCCUACGCUCGUUCCGCAACUACACUCGUUUCACUAACCCAUCCCGAUCGAAAACAUGAAGGCUUCUACCAUCCUGACCACCCUGACCAUGCUCGGCGUCGCCGCUGCUGCCGCCGUCACCCCCGUCUCCAGAGCUCUCGCACCCCGACAGUCCGCCACCCUUGAUUUCUGCUGUCCCGCUGAAGAUGCGACACCGGAGGGUGUCAUGGGAUUCGUCCUUGACCCCAACACUUCUUUCCCUCAAUGCGGAUACAUCGCCGAAGGUGCUCCUCCUGGCAACUACGAGCAGGACGCUGGCUUUGAGGGAGGUACCGCGGGCGGGUGUCUCUACAACGACGACGGUACCCUCCAGCAAGACCGUAACGCCGGUUUCUGUCCCCAAUCCGCCGUCUCUUGUACCGUUGCCAAACGGGACUUUGCCCGACGCAAGCUCGCCGCUCAACGACCUUCUGCCAAGAUGGUUAGGAGCGAAAUGUCGGACGAGCUCGUCGCCAAGCGAGGAGUUUGGAACCAGAAGAAGAGGGCUUCCGCAUAGGCUCAGAAGGAGGAGCGAUUGCAACGCGGUUUGCUUAUAUAGAGGAACUUCGUAUGGGGUUGUACCGACAUGGAAAACAGGACUGCCUUCUUUCUUCGCUGUAGCUUGACUUUUGA